AUGAAGUACUCAGUAGCUGUUCUGGCCGCCGUGGCCUUUGGCUUCAGCUCAGCCCAGACUACCACCACUACGUCAGGAUACCAGAAGCCCAGUGAGGCCGCGAGGCCAGGCGCCAUCACCAAUCACGGAUGCUACAACACGUCAUCAACGACAUGGACGAAGUACCCCGUUGAGAAUAUCAGUACCGGAUCAUGCACACAGGAAUGCCAAUUGAAGCAGAAGAAGAACGUCGCUGCCAUCAAUGGCGAGGACUGCUACUGCGGUGACUCGUACCCGCCAAAGGUCGACGUUGUCGACGACAAGAAGUGCAACUUCCCUUGCCCAUUCUACCCGGAAGAGGCUUGCGGUGGUGUCGAUGACAUGAUGUACUACUCCGUCUUCAACACGGGUCUCAAGCUCGUCGUCCCCGACGAAGAGGUCGCAACCACCACAACCGCCGCAGCCACCACCAAGGCCACAACGACAACCGCCGCCAACGGCGUCGUCUCAACCGUCAUUGAGACCCCCGUCGCGACAACGUCAGCCGCCGCGACCGAGACGCCCAAGAAGAGCACAAACGUCGCCGGCAUCGCCGCGGGCGUCGUCGUCGGUGUCGUCGCCAUCGCUGCCAUCGUCGGCGCUGCCUUCUUUUUCGUCCGCAGGAAGCGCAACGCCGAGAUCGAGGAGGAGCAUCGCCGCAACGCUGCCGUCAACGCCUUCAUUGGCGGCUCCAAGCCUCCCAGCAGCAGCGGCGUCUCCAUGUCCGACUCCCGCAUGGAUCCUACCCUGGCGCACCGACGCAUGAGCGAUGGCAGCAUUGCCGACAACCAAGAUUACUCGCGGAAGAUUCUCCGAGUUACCAACGCAUGA